AUGAAGCCUACUGAAGCUACGCCGGGUAGCCGGGUUAUUAAGCUCAAGGUCGCAGGUAGCUCGAAGCCCAAGACAACACGAAGCAUCGAGGAGCUCUGCAACGCGCCGGAAGUGGAACUAGUACUGAUCGUAAAUAAUCAUGCUUUACACGCCUUCGCCGCAGUACUCGCGCUACAGGCAAAUAAGUACGUCUUUAUCGAGAAGCCGAUUGCUUUGACAUGGCAAGAUACAGACCGUAUCAUAGCAGCGGACAAGGCUACAGGUGGCGCGAAAGUAUUUAUCGGUUGCAUGAGGAGAUAUGCUGCGGCUUUAAUCGACGCAGUCAACGAGGUGGCAAGUAUUGGACAAAUCCGUUAUGCCCGCGUCCGAGAUAUCAUUGGACCUAACUCGGUCUUCGUGGGUCAAUUCGGAACGUAUCCAAGGACCUUCAACGAUUAUCCCGAGGCGGACUCAGAAGCGUUACAUACGAAAACCCAUAAUGACAUGGAGCAAGCCCUCCAUACCGAACUUGGAAUCACCGUCACGAAGGAGACGGCUAUGAUUGCAAUUUCUAAUACCCUAACUUCGCGGUCGCAUACGAGUCCGGUGUCGAUCAGGUCGUAA